AGGUGAUUGAGAUUGUAUAAUUGCGCACCUGGAUUAGAAACCUUAAAGUGUGGUGUUUAGGGGACCGUUUGUUGCAUGUUGAAAAUUGCUCAGAACAACUAAUAAUAUUUUGACCUAGGAGAAAAUAUGAGCGGGGGAGGAGGUACGCCUUACAUUGGCAGUAAAAUCAGUUUAAUAUCCAAAGCCCAGAUUCGUUAUGAGGGCAUUUUGUCCUCCGUCGACACGGACAAGUCAACAGUGGCUUUAGCGAAAGUCAAAUCAUAUGGGACUGAAGGGCGUCACACGGACAGACCAAUUCCCCCCAAAGAUGACGUUUAUGAAUACAUAAUCUUCCGGGGCAGUGACAUCAAAGAUAUAACCGUGUCUGAACCGCCGAAGCAACACCAUGGCUUGCCUCCUGACCCUGCUAUUGUUCAAUCAUCUGUCGGCGGCUCAUCUGGUGCGUACAAUCCACGCUGGAGUCAAUACAGGGACAUGAUGCCCUCUUACAACCAGCUGGCUGCUAGCUCUCUACUCAACCAGCAGUAUGCAGCUGCCCUGGGACUAGCACCAGGAUUUCAGGGCCUCCCAUCCAGAAGAGGCCCAAUGGUAGAGCAGGCUGUUCAGACUCUUCCGAUGGCCAGCGCAGCCCAGAAGAGGGCUCAGCCGGCCAACCAGCCGCAGGCCAGACAGCCAGUUCGUCCCUCGCCGCGGCCCGGCCGAGAUGGACCCCAGCCACUGAGGAGGAAUGCUCCCAGCAGUCAAGUAGCGCCACCGACCGAUGCAAACAGGGUUAAAGAACAAACCAAUGAUGAAAAUCAAAGGCCAAGAAGAAAACAAGGAAGCCGCCGGUCCAGGAACAGGGGCCGAGGCCAGCUGCUUGUGAAGAACUCAAAGCCUUCCACCUUGCAGUUUGAGUCGGAUUUUGACUUUGAAACUGCCAAUGCUGAGUUCAACAAAAAUGAGAUCGUAAAUGAGGCUUCAGUGCUUGUCCCUCCAGAUGGGGAGGAGAAGGUGGAACCUGGUGUGGAGGUCCAGGAGAACCAGAGCCCCGAGAGUUCCCCUGUGGAGAAGUGCUACGACAAGGCAAAGUGCUUCUUUGACAACAUCUCCUCAGACCUCAAACCCCGGACCACCUGGGCGGAGGAGAAGAAGCUGAACAUUGAGACCUUUGGCGUUCCUGGGCGCUUCCUGAGGGGCCGGGGGUUUAGAGGGUACCGUGCCCGCAGAGGCCAGUCUGGCACGGAGCAGCCUGCCCCGCCUAAAGUAGGCAGUGGAAGAGUGUGAAUAAUUUUAUUUAUUUAAAGAUCUUUUUUGUAAAUGGGCCACGAGUAGUUCAAUAGUCUAACAUUAUUGAGGAGAAGAAUCCAGUUUUCAUUUGAGUAUCUUUUUGUCUUGGUUUUUCUGUUGAACCCAAUGUGGUUUUUGGGACUAAUUUGUAUUAAUGGAGAAUAAUUUGACUCCAGAUCAAUUACAUCAAUGUAAUUAAGUUUCUGACACUGGAACAGAAAAAAAUCAGGCCUGAAGGCAUGCCGUUUAUUUAUGCCAAUUAUUUAUAUAGCAUGUCUGUCUUAAUGUGAACUCUUCAAAACUGUUUUAGAAGGGAUUUCCCACUAGUUGAACACGAUUUGUACUUUAAUUUAUUUUUUUUGUUUUCAUCUUGGAGAAUUGAGAUGGUGGAAAUGUGUUCUGAAACAGUUCAUUAUUAAAUGACCGUAUAUGACAA